CUUCGUUUAAAAAGCAUGGCUUUAAUAUGACAAGAUGAAGUAGAACAGGUCAUCAUGUCAGACAAGGUGGUCUUGGUUCUUGGUGGAGCAGGUACUGUGGGCUCGGGGAUUGUUCAAGCCCUGCUGGAUAAAGGCUUCAAAGUUGCAGUGAUAUCGAGAGACAACAGCCGGCUGGAGAGACUCCGAUGCGUCAUCUCUCCCAACACCAAACAUAAUCUCAUCACAAUAGUGGGCGAUGUUGGGUCAGAAGAAGGAGCAGAGCAGGCAAAACAGGCCGUGCUGGAGAAGGUGGGGAAAGUUACAGAUGUGGUUUCCUCAUUGGGCUUCAGCUGGUGGCAGGGAGGCCCCCCACACACCCAAACCCUCAAAGACCUACACUGGGUCAUUGAGUCAUUACUUUUUAGUACCUUUGUGUCAUGGAAGGCCUUCUUUCCCUUGGUGAAGGAUGAUUCCAACUGUAGCUACACCUUCAUCACAGGGGGAGCGGGUGAGAAGCUUUUAAUGCCUGGGACCGGUUUUCUAACUGUUGGAGCUGCCAGUUCACUGGCCUUCUGCCAGGUCCUUCGCGACGAGUACCCCGAGACAUCCUGUAAGCUCUACCAGGUAACUAUCAACACAGGUGUAGCUACUCCAGAGCGAUUGGCCCCUGGGUUCUUGAACCAUCUGGAUCUGGGUGAGGCUGUAGCCAAACUGGUGGAGCAACACAACGCAUCCCACACUGUCUUCACUAUCAACUGCCCUGCGGACUUAAAAACGGUCUUUCUCAAGGGGACACUUUAAAUUUGGAAACUUGUCACGCAUUCUCCUGCUUGUGACUCUGCAGAAACACAGAUCAUAGUCUUCUUGUCGGUCCGAUUAGUAGCAAAUGUUUUCUGAUGUAGGUAGUCAUGUACAAGAUACAUUCAGUAUGUUGGUAGUUUUGGAAAAAUCUGUAAAAUGUUUGCAACAUGACAACACAACUUGUCGGUCAAACAGAUUGAGUGAGUUUUAGGUGACUGAGGGGAAAAAAACAACAAUUUGUGGAAGCAUACUUACUUUCUAAUCCAUCCCUCCAGGAUUUCAUAAGCUUUUUUUGUUGCAACCUAAAAUGUUACGACUUGUCGGUCAGGCCAUUCUUUGUUAAGUUUUGGGGUGUUUUUCCUGUGUUUUUGGCUUCACUUCCUGUCUUGUGCUUUUAUUUUGUUUCCUCUUCCUGUUCUGUUUGUAUUGUUCCUGCACAUCACCUGAGCAGUAUUUAAGCAAGUCAUAUAUCUGUGUCGGUGUGGGAUCAUUGUCUACAAAUGUUGGAGUUAAGAACACGGUUGGUAGUAUUUUGAGAUUCUUGUUUUUGUUGAACUCACAGUUGUAAAGUUCUCCCUGAGGCUCUAUUUUUUCAUGCAAGUCAUUCCCUUUGCUUUUCUAUCCAAUUUCCUGCCUGCACUCUAUGUUUUUGUUUAGUACUUUUCACAUUAAAAUCUCAUCACCAGCA